UUUAAGAUAACUUUACAUUCUACUGUUUCAUCAUUGGUUUGCAGCACAAGCUGCCCGAUUGCAGCCCGGAGCUUUGGGGUUCCGCUGACUAGUCAAUGGCAAUCCGCGGAUUAGAGAACAUUGCACAGGCAGUGGACCGGUCGUUCGUUGUUCGUCAGCGUAUGAUGUCGGCUUCGCCUCAGCCGGGUCACAACUGAUGACUGAUGGAACUGAGCUCGCCUUGGCUGGGCUGACUGGCUGCCAGUGGCUAUCCAUCCCAUCCAUCUUUCUGUUCCUCACUGCGGAACCAACGCCAUGGAGCUGUGGUUGAUACUGCGGCCAAGAAAGAAGCAAUUCCGUCUCCUCUCGCAAGUGCACCGAAAUUUAAAGAAUUCGGUCGUUACAGUACCAUAAUAUUAGACUGCUACUAAGCGUUUCGAACGACGAGGAUGCUGACGCAGCCCCUGCGGUGCAGGGCCCAUCCUCCACCAGCUUCUCCUCCAUCCCUCUUUCGCCGCGGUCCGUCCGGCUUUGUUCGUCGCCCCUGGGCUUGUUGUUAUCAUCGGCGAUAUUUGAACACUUCCACCUCCGCUUCUUGUUCGCCGCGAUUGUAUCACCAUAAGAGCUCCCGUGCUGCCGCCGGUUCCUCAUCGACCUUUCCUCCUACUCUUAUCGCGUGCCCCAAUGCUUCCCUCCGUCCACCUACUCGCCCAACUUUGAUUCCGUCCCUCACUGCUGUUGCCUGCUCUACAAGACUACCACCCUCGAUCACCCUCCCUUCAAUGGCCACCCAAACAAGAGAACACGGUGGCCACCACCAUCACCACCACCACCAUCAUGGCAGUAAUGUCUACCUCACGUCAACCGACAAACAUGAUGCCGGAGUCCGUAUCACGCGGAUUGGCUUGGUCGCCAACCUGUGCAUGGCCAUUGGCAAAUUUAUCGGUGGCUAUGUGUUCCAUUCCCAGGCCCUCAUUGCCGACGCCUACCACGCCCUCACCGAUCUGGUCUCGGACAUAUUGACUCUAGCUACGGUUGCUUGGUCGCUGAAGCCGCCGUCGGAGCGGUUUCCCAACGGCUACGGAAAGAUCGAGAGUAUUGGAGCUCUGGGUGUGAGCGGGUUGUUGCUGUGCGGCGGCGUCUUUAUGGGUCUCAAUUCUGGGCAGGUCCUACUACAUCAAUUUUAUCCCGGCAUCGCUGAAGCAAUUGCGCACGUGGGGGCUUUGGGACAUAGCCAUUCGCAUAGCCAUGGGGUGGAAGCAUUCGGUCCAAGCAUCCAUGCUGCUUGGCUGGCUGCUGGAUCUAUCGUGGUCAAGGAAUGGCUUUACCAUGCAACUAUGAAGGUCGCCACGGAGCGCAAGUCGUCAGUCUUGGCCUCCAACGCCGUCCACCACCGAAUCGACUCCCUGACCAGCGUUGUUGCUCUUUUUACGAUCGGUGGAUCCUACAUGUUCCAAGACGCUUCCUGGUUGGAUCCCGUGGGGGGACUUCUCAUCUCACUUAUGGUCAUAAAAGCUGGAUGGGGUAAUACCAAGACCUCCCUUCUGGAGUUGGCAGACACCACUGUGGACGACGAGGUGAAGGCUUCGGUGCACAAAGCGGCUACCAAGGCACUAUCUCUUUUGAACAGUGGCGAGUCGCUGAGAAUCCAUGAUGUCCAAGGCAUGAAGUCGGGUCAGAACUAUCUCAUGGAUGUCGAGGUCGCAAUGCCAGGCGCAUGGUCCAUCAACCGUGCUCGCGAGGUGGAAGAGGCAUUGCGCACUGCUGUUGGAGAACGGGUCCGCGGCGUCAAGCGGGUCAAAGUCCGGUUUAUUCCUCUUGAGCAUCAGGAGCUGACCUUCACUGAAGAAUUUAUUCCGGCUGAAGUGACUUCGCGGGCGCGCCCGGAGCCGGAGGAUGAAUCUUGUCAUGAUUAUGGAGACUAUGGUGAUGUACACAGUAGAUAA